CGAAGGCUACCUACAUUAUGGAACGCUUCUUGACGGCUGCAAAUUGAUCAUCGACCGUGCCCUUUCGCCUUCCAAUGGCGAUGUAUUUCGCAGUACUGAAUCGGCUGACGAAUCAGAGCACAAGGAAAUUGGUGCCACUUCAAACAACGAUUCAAAAGUGGCAUGGGGUAAAAUAUUGUGGGUGUUAAUACGAUUUGAUUGUGAACGAACCAAUACUUUGAUUAAGGAAUUGUUGAAGAAAGCAAAAUUUAUUCGGGAAGUUGAUGAUUUUGAGAAUUGGUCAGUCCUUUCUCACGCUAUAUCGUUGGGUAGAGGCGAUAUCGUCCGUUCAUUAUUAUUCUACUACUGCGAGAGAGCGACGUCGGUGAAUGAGAAAUUGGUUGAGCCUAACUUUGAGAAUAAUUUGCGAAUUGUUGUUCCUAAAUUCGGUCGACUGUGUGAAAAACACCCUGACAUUGCUUUAGAAUUGGUGAAAAAGAUCAGUUACUUCAAAUCAAAGGAGCCCGUUGUACGGAGCAAUAAUAAAUUGGAGGGCUUUGCCUACUCAGAACGGGAAAAAAGCUAUAUUAAUGAACAUCGGAACGGCGACGGUUAUUAUUAUCCGUAUCAUAAAUGUUUGGUCCCUUUGCCGUAUUUCACUCGAUAUCAGGAGCCACCGGAAUCCCUCUUCGGAUUUCUUAAUGUAUGUGAAUGGCUUGACUACCUUUCUCCAUUUGCUAGUGCGGUUCUCUAUGGCAAAUAUCACAUGUUUGGCGAACCUGCCAUGGAAGCAAUUAUUAAUUUCAAAUGGAGGAAAUUUGCUAGGAAGCGAUAUGUCAUUUUUAUUGGCUUAUAUUCCUUGUAUCUUGCUUCAUUCAUGGCUGCCGUCACUCUCGAUUCCGGCAGAGUGCAUCAGGGGAACGUGAUCAAACAUCUGAUUUCAUUGUUCUCGGUUAUAGUAUUGGUACUCGGAUUCAUAUUUAUCGCAAUCGAGAUUAUGCAACUGAUUGCAUAUCGUAAACAUUAUUUCGGCAUGUAUAAUUUCAUUGACCUGGGCAGCACUAUAUUGCCAAUGAUUUAUGCCGUCGGGGUAUUUUUUGGAAGCAGCUGGAGACUUAAAUAUGUUGGCAUCUCCAUGUUCUUUGUCUAUGUUGAUUUUAUUCUGCGACUCCGAGUAUUCAAAGAGUUUGGGAUACCAAUAUUUAUUAUGAUAGAGAUAUUCAAAAGCGUGCGAGGGCCUAUUCUCAUUAUUGCAAUGAUGGUGGUUGCAUACACACACAUAUACUGGCUGUUGUUUUCCUACGUGGACGUUACGGACUUGGUAGGUAAUAGUACGGUGACGAACGACUUUUCGACUCCUGAACGUACACUCGUUUCGGCCUUCUUCUUCGUGACAGGAAAUUUUGGCUCCCUUAGUGAUGCGUUUGGCAAUCCGACAGUUGCAUUUUUGGCAAUUGUAUUUUCGUUCAUAACCGCAGUUGUAUUAUUGAACAUCUUGAUUGCCUUAAUGAGUGAUGUUGUCGGUAAUGCCAAAGUUGUUGGUAAACAUGUUUGGCUUAAGCAGAAAGCAGAGUUCAUAUGCGAAUUGGAGAUGUGUAUGCUCACGCGAAAGCAAAGGCAAGGACACGAUUUCUUUCCGAAUCUAAUAUACUACUAUGCAAAAGAUGAUUCCAUACAAAAAUACAUGAAAAAACAGAAGGGAAAGAAGAGAAAACUUACUAGCAGCAAAACAACUUAG